CUUUGACCAUACAUGCAUGUAUAACAGUUCGAGUAUUUGCAUGUAAACAAACGUUAUUCAAACAUCAAACGAUGGCUUUAAAAUCAAAGUAUAAAAUUUACUUGCCUUUAUUUCCAUUAUUAAUUUAUACGUUUGCUGGUUUGUGGAUACCUGCGCCCGUUGAAAGUGCGAACAUUUUAGCCGUGGAGACGUUUGGAGGUAAAAGCCACUGGAAUUUUAUGAGCUCAAUUCUCCAGGCGUUGGUGGACAACGGGCACAAUGUCACAGUGUUCACGCCGUUUACCGACGGAAACCAUGAAAACUAUACAGAAGUAUCGAUAUCUACGGAAGCUAUAACAUUUCGAGACGUGGACAUCGAAGAUAUGAUGGAUAAAUACGGUAGCCCAAUUAAAGUUACUUGUCAGAUGUUACAGAUGAGUAGAACUAUGUGCGGUGUAAUUUAUGAAAAUAGUAAAAUGAAAGAAGUGUUAGCUAAUACACGUUCCGAUUUCGACAUAGUUAUAACCGAACCAUCACUUUCGGAGUGUGUGUCUUACCUCGCCGUCAAGUUGAACUUGCCACUCAUAUACGUCCAACCAUUGCCGACAAUGGGUAUAAUGGAACGUAUAUAUACAGGACACAUGUCCAAUCCCGCGGUAGUUGCUAAUAAGUUAGCAAGUUUUGGUGUUCCGAAAACAUUCAUCCAGAGAACAAGCAAUCUUGCUAUUUUGAUUUCCUGCACAAUUAUAAGAAAAUUUAAUGAACUUAUCAUGAAGUUCACCGAACCGAGAGAAUACGAUUUGCAUGCACCCAUCACACCGUCUUUGGUAUUCAUAAAUAGACAUUUCACAAUCGAACCUGCAAGUUCUAUCCCGUCAAAUGUUGUUGAAAUAGGUGGAAUACAUUUGAAUUUGAAAGCAACCAAGAAAUUACCAAAAGAUAUAUUAGACUUCAUCGAACAAUCGCCUCAUGGUGUUGUUUAUUUCACUUUUGGUUCAACUGUUAAAAUGACUUCAUUACCAGAACACAUAAAAAAAGCAUUGAUUGAUGCACUCGCACAAAUCCCUCAAAGAGUAUUAUGGAAAUAUGAAGAUGAAAUUGAGAAUUUACCAAAAAAUGUUAUGGUCAAAAAAUGGCUACCUCAACAUGAAAUUCUAUUGCACCCGAAUGUGAAACUCUUCAUCAGUCACGGAGGUAUAUCAGGCCUAUAUGAAGCUAUAGACGGUGGUGUCCCCAUUCUUGGAUUUCCUUUAUUUGGUGAUCAGCCCAAAAAUAUUGACAAUUUAGUCAAUGCAGGAAUUGCUAUUCCUAUGGAUAUUUUGUCCAUAACAAAGGAUGCGUUCUUAAAAAAUGUUUUAGAACUGCUCAGCAACGAAAAGUACAUGGACAAUGUUAAAACUGCUUCGAAAAUAUUCAAAGAUCGGCCUAUGUCACCAUCAAGUCAAGUGGUGUACUGGACAGAGUAUGUCCUACGUCAUAAAGGAGCUCCCCACUUGACAUCCCACGCAAUGAACCUAUCGUGGUAUCAAUACUAUCUAUUGGAUAUCAUUGCUUUAAUAUUAGUUUUUAUUAUUGUUGUGGUUUUUGUUUCGUACAGCAUUUUCAGAUCAAUUUCUAAAUACUUUUCAAAAUAUUCUAGAAAUACUAAAUCGAAAUCUGAAUAAUUUAUUAUCUUUUUAUAUUUAUAUAUUCCAAAUACCAUUCAUUCGUUCUCUCACUGAUUGCUACAUCUCAAAAACUACUAAUCGUACGAACUUGUAAUUUGAUCUAGUGGUUUCUCUUAUCAUCUAGAUGUGCGAUUAGAAAGGAUUUUCGAAAUUCUCGUUUUAAAGUGGUGCUCUUAAACAGGGGUUUUGAGAUACAGGAUGGAAUUUAUUUGUUAUUUUCUAAUAUUUUUUUUCAACCUAAUCAUCACCUUAACCACCGAAGUAAGAAAAAUGGUAAGUUGUUUCAUUUUAUGAUGUAAAGACCUAAUAAGCAAGGAUUUUCCAUAAUUCGGAUUUUAAAGAGGUCUUCAAACAAGUUGUUAGAUACCUAUAUCAUAAAAUUUUGAAGAGUAAUUAUCUAGUUUAUACCAUGUUAAAAAAUAUUGUAAUAAGUGCUACAUUCAAUCCGUGACUUGUAAUUGCCCAUCUAGGUAAAAUUAUUUCACAAAGCUAGAUACACUGACGCCGAUUUUUCUGUGAACUGAGGUUUACUAAAACUGAGAUACACUGAAACCCAGAUAGGAACACCUACAUAGUGUAUUAUACUAUAUAGGAUUUUACACAAAAAUAAAUUGCAUACGGGCGAAGCCGGAAUAUUUAGCUAGCACGAAUUUAAUAUUAUGAGGUAUUUUUAUGCGCCUAUAAACUAUUAAACCUAUAUUAUAUAGUGAACUGGUGCUAAGGGCAUUUUAUUUUCUUAAAAAUAAAAUCACAGUGUUUUAAUUGUUAACAAUUCUCUCGUUGAUUUGUAUCCGUUCAAAUGACUAUAAUUCAUGUUUUAAUAUUAAGUGUUGAAUAGUUUAUUAUUGAACCGUUAGUGUAAUUGAAGGUUGUUAAGAGAUAUUUUGUUUUUAAAUAUAUUAUUUUUUUUAACAAAUAGAGCAUUUUAUUUUGUGUACCUAUUCGUUCUAUUCUGAAUAUUUUAAGUUUGGACUAUG